AUGGAUAGUAAUUCUUUAGAAGUGAUUACUAGGUUUAGAGACACCGUAUUUGCCAAGCGUCAACAACUGGCCAAAGAUGGCGGUGCUACUUCCGCUCCCACUUUUGCAACAAAUGAACUGGCGUCCACGGCUGAAGUGCUUCCCUUUUCGAAUCGAGGUAUAAAACUAUUGAGCCAACAUCCUUCGCUUGAUGUAUUGAAAACAAAGAUUGUAGAGUAUAAAGGUGAACCUUACUCGGUGUUAACGAAUGAAACUAUAGAGAGGAAUAAUAGAAGAAGCAAACGAAAAUGGAGCGAUUAUUAUGGCAAGAAAGCCGAUUAUAGUGACAAAGAAGAGAAUGAAUGGCUGGAUGAAGACAACGACGACGAUGAAGAUAAUGAUGACGAUAGAGGAGAGGGAAGGAUACAUCCUUUGAAAACUGCAAGGAUAGUUGAGCUUUUAUCUCCACUAAAUCAUCCACUGGAGCUUGUGACACACCCAGCAAUCUCAAAGACAUAUAAGCUGCAGACUUUGAGCAAACUAGCAAUGGAGUUGAUUGACUUGAUAGAGAUUGAACAGAACAAUUUGAAUUGGUUGAAUAAAUUGCUCCAAGUGUUGAAUGGUGAAGAUUGGUUUUACUUGUUGGAGGAGAACUUGGGGUUAAAGGAUUAUGACCAUGGAUUAAAUGACGAUAAGAAAAGCUCAACAAGCGAGGAAAGAAUUGGAGAGGAUAAAGAAGAAAAGAAUCUGGAACAAGGGCAAAAGAAAGAUGCGCUUAGUGCAGAUGUGACAAGCACAGCAGAGGAAAACAACAAUAAUGAAUACGACGACGACGAUGAAAAUUCAGCGGACCCAUUUUUUGCUCUUCCCACAGCAGUUAAGCGUUUCGAGGCUUUCCAUGAACUGUUGGAACCAAAGGACGAUGAUGGUGGCAUCAAAGAGGAACUUAUAAAUUAUCUUCAAGUGAGCAUUCAACGUCAACAUGAAUAUAUUGAGAACUUGACACAAUUGCGAAAUGGACUUGUGCGAGCUGAUCGUCUUAAGAAUGACUUGCAUAAAUGGGGUCAAGAAAUGCACGAUAGAAAGAGUUAG